CUUCUCCUCAUCAAAACAUCAAACACAACCACAGCAGGAGCAGCCAGGCGAGGGGAGGGCAGUGGUUAUUUAAGCGUACAUUUCUUCCAACAAAAGUCGACAGCUCUUGAAGAAGUAUGGCUGCUGCUGCUGCUGUUGCUGCUUCAUCUACAAGAAACAGCCUGAGAGAGGACCUGACCUGUGCCAUCUGCUGCGACCUGUUCAGAGAUCCGGUCAUGCUGCCCUGCAUGCACCAUUUCUGCAAGUCCUGCAUCUCCAGGUACUGCAGGGGAACCCGGGGGCCUGUCGCCUGCCCACACUGCCGCAAGGAGUUCAGCCCCAUGCAGUUUCAAACCAACUACCUCGUGGCAGGAGUGGUGGAGAAGGUCCGAGCCUCCUCCUCAGACGCUUACGUCAAGAAACUGGAGAAACAGCUGGGAGAGAGUUUGGAGAGGCAGCACUUGAGGAAGGAGGACAUCGGCAGCAGCAUUCACAAAGACAAAGACAAGAUGAACAUCAUAAAGAGAGUCGGGGUGGACCUGCAGGCUCGUGUCAAAGGUGAAUUCAGAGCUCUGCAUCAAAUCCUGCAGGAUGAGGAGACCUGGCUGCUGGAGCAGCUGAGGAGAGAGCAGGAGGAGGAGCUGGAGAAGGUGCAGCGCCACCUAGAGGCGUUAGAGCUGGCUGAACGCGAACUGGACCACAACAUCCAACUGCUGCAGCAGGCCAAAGUCACACUGACGGAGUUCCCACAGCUGAGACCAUGUGCGCAGGUGGAAACUGUUUCGGAGUUCAAUAUAAAYGCUUUCAGCGACAAAUACUUGUCUCCGCUGCAGUACGUCACAUGGAGAAAGAUGUUCAAGUCUCUGAAGCCAGGUCCGUCUCCUUUAACGUUCGAUAUCGACACGGCUCACCCGAGCAUUCACGUCUCCAGGGACAAACUGAUAGCAGUGGAGUGUGAGGUCAUGACCUCGCAUACGAGCCACAGCAAGCGCUUCCUCCAGUGCGUCAACAUCCUGGCUGCCCAGAGUUUCCAGUCGGGUCGACACUACUGGGAGGUGGAGGUGGGCUGCAGCCCUAAGUGGGACCUGGGCGUGGCCUCGGAGACGGUGGACAGGCACGCUCGRAUCAAGCUGAGCCCCGAGAGCGGCUACUGGACCCUGCGGCUGCGCAACGGCGACGAGUACUGGGCCGGGACGCAGCCGUGGACGAGGCUGCAGCUCGCGUCGCCCCCGCAGAGGAUCGGCGUUUUCCUGGACUGCGACGAGAGGAGGGUGUCGUUCUACGACGCCGACGAAAUGAGUCUGCUGUACACGUUCAGCRGUGGGCCGAGGGGCAAAGUGUUCCCCUUCUUCAGCCCGUGCAUCAGUGACAGCAGGACCAAACCUCAGUUUAUUAAACUCCUGCAUUACCCUCCUGUCGCUCUGUCCGGGUAACUGAAGCUAGCUGUUUCAGCACGCACGCCAUUUUGGCUGUUCUCAUAUUUUCCAUUGUAAUCGUUCUGAGGACGCCCUUUCAGUUCAAGGCACCGAUCAGCUUGUUAUUAAGCAGUAUUACAGCUUGGCUCAGCAUUUUAUGGCUCAUUAACUCUAUCGCAAGMAUCUUUAAUAAAUGUAGAUACUUAAUUUUUUUUAUCUCAAGGCACUAUAAUUAUCUCAUCAAGUCAGACUAUCUUUACCCGUACUUUCAAUCACUUCAGGAGGAAUUGUGCAYUUUACUGCAAUUUUAUAUCUGAUUAAAAUCCCCAUGUUUUAUUCAUGAGACCUAAAUAUGACGGUUUCUUCUAUUAGCUCUUCUUUUUCAGGUAAUUUCUGGUGAAGAAAGCACAUGAUGUAUUCAUUAUUCGUGCCUAAUUUUAAACUCUUUUUGAAGUUUUGUAUCUGAUUGUUGCAUGUAGUAAUUCUGCGACUUCAUCAUGUAAAUCUUUCUGAUGCAAAUAAACAAAGUCAACAAAG